CAGUUUUCCCCACCCCUCCCUGUUAUUAUUAUUCUUUUAAAGAUUCAUCUCUGUCAAGCCGCCAAAGUGGAGAGUGUGAUUGCAGUAGGGGGUGCUUCUCGUUUCAGGUAUGUUCUUCCCUCAAUAGGAAUCCCUUUAGAAAUUGAAGGGACAUUUCCAAAUACUGACACACUGGGUUUUCAUCAAGCAGGAUCCUCUUUGCUGUGGCAUUUGUACCUCAUACCCCACUCGUCAUGGAUCAGUAUGUUGUUUUUCUGAAGAAAAAAAAGGUCCCUGACUCCUUAUAAUGUCUGAUAUUGUAGCUAUUACAGCAUAGUACAGCAAUCCAACAGCAUCGUCUCUGUACCACAGAUGACCAACCAACCAACCAGGUAAUCUAGUAGCCUUGAUUAUCAAACUAUACUACAUGACCAAAAGUAUGUGAACACCUGCUCGUCGAACAUCUCAUUCCAAAAUCAUGGGCAUUAAUAUGCAGUUGGUCCCCCUUUUGCUGCUAUAUCAGCCUCCACUGCUGGGUAGGCUUUCCAUUAAAUGUUGGAACAUUGCUGCGGGGACUUGCUUCCAUUCAUCCACAAGCGCAUUAGUGAGGCCGGGCACUGAUGUUGGGCGAUUAGGCGUGGCUCGCAGUCGGCGUUCCAAUUCAUCCCAAAGGUGUUUAAUGGGGUUGAGGUCAGGGCUCUGUGCAUGCCAGUCAAGUUCUUCCACACCGAUCUCGACAAACCAUUUCUGCAUGGACCUCGCUUUGUGCACGGGGGCAUUGUCAUGCUGAGGAAAGGGCCUUCCCCAAACUGUUGCCACAAAGUUGGAAGCACAGAAUCCUCUAUAAUGUCAUUGUAUGCAGUAGCAUUAACAUUUCCCUUCACUGGAACUAAGGAGCCUGAACCAUGGAAUACAGCCCCAGACCAUUAUUCCUCCUCCACAAAACGUUAUAGUUGGCACUGUGCCUUGCGGCAGUUAGCGUUCUCCUGGCAUCCGCCAAACCCAGAUUCGUCCGUCGGACUGCCAGAUGGUGAAGCUGGAUUAGUCGCUCCAGAGAACGCGUUUCCACUGCUUCAGAGUCCAAUGGCGGCGAGCUUUAUACCACUCCAGCCAACGCUUGGCAUUGCGCAUGGUGAUCUUAGGCUUGUGUGCGGCUGCUUGGCCAUGGAAACCCAUUUCAUGAAGCUCCCGACAAACAGUUAUUGUGCUGACAUUGCUUACAGAGGCAGUUCGGAACUCGUUAGUGAGUGUUUCAACCGAGGACAGACAGUUUUUACGCGCUUCAGCACACAGCAGUCCCAUUCUGUGAGCUUGUGUGGCCUACCACUUCGCGGCUAAGCCGUUGUUGCUCCUAGACGUUUCCACUUCACAAAUACAGCACUUACAGUUGACCGGGGCAGCUCUAGCAGGGCAGACGUUUGACAAACUGACUUGUUGGAAAGGUGGCAUCCUAUGACGGUGCCACUUUGAAAGUCGCUGAGCUCUUCAGUAAGGCCAUUCUACUGCCAAUAUUUGUCCAUGGAGGUUGCAUGGCUGUGUGCUCGAAUUUUAUGCACUUGUCAGCAACGGGUGUGGCUGAAAUAGCCGAAUCCACUAUUUUGAAGGGUUGUCCACAUACUUUUGUGUCUAUAUAGUGUAUCUACGAAACUAGGACAUGUCACUUGACAUUGAUGUCAUCCAAGGCUUUAGGGUCAGGUUAGGAUGCAGUCAAACCACAUUCACAUUGAAAGCCAUGGCCAAAAAAAUGGCCUAAGCGGACACUGUAUAACAUAAAAUAGUAUAGCGUCGACUCUGGUAAGAUUUUUCCAAAUAUGGAGAAUGUUUGUGUUCAAUGGGCCCUUUGUUAAGAAUGGUGCAAUGGUUUGUGGGUGGGUGCCACUUUGUAAUGUCCUGAGCACCAACAAUGUACCAAGCACCAUUGAUUUAGUAAGGGGUUGUAGCUACAGUAUUAGGUGGUGCCUGCGUUGGUAAAUGUACUGCUGCAAUGAGUAGGCCUUCUCCUACUCUGAAUGUGCACAUUGUCGUACCAGACAGUGACACAUUUUUUGCGUCCUCUCUGUAUGUUGGCGAUGGUAAUCAGCAAUGUUUAUCAAUAAAGAUUUCAGGGUCACUGUUUCCCUUGCCACUACCAUUUCGGAUGUACUGAUUUUGAAUUCUGUACCACAGCCUGAGCUUUAUGGAUAACGGUAAAACCAGGGAUGGCAAUACUUAAUUUCUCCCAAUUUCCACCAUUGUUUCACAGUCAAUACUGCAAUGAAUCGUUAUGACCUGGGAGCAUACAUUUAUUUGGCCUCACUGGCUUACCCACCCAGGAGUAGAUUACGUUAUCCAAAGAAUAUGAUCUGCCUACUGUGAUAAUUAGUAAUAACGUAUGUACAGUGGGGGGGGAAAGUAUUUAGUCAGCCACCAACUGUGCAAGUUCUCCCACUUAAAAAGAUGAGAGGCCUGUAAUUUUCAUCAAUUACGUCAACUAUGACAGACAAAAUGAGAGAAAAAAAUCCAGAAAAUCACAUUGUAGGAUUUUUAAUGAAUUUAUUAGCAAAUUAUGGUGGAAAAUAAGUAUUUGGUCAAUAACAAAAGUUUCUCAAUACUUUGUUAUAUACCCUUUGUUGGCAAUGACACAGGUCAAACGUUUUCUGUAAGUCUUCACAAGGUUUUCACACACUGUUGCUGGUAUUGUGGCCCAUUCCUCCAUGCAGAUCUCCUCUAGAGCAGUGAUGUUUUGGGGCUGUCGCUGGGCAACACGGACUUUCAACUCCCUCCAAAGAUUUUCUAUGGGGUUGAGAUCUGGAGACUGGCUAGGCCACUCCAGGAGCUUGAAGUGCUUCUUACGAAGCCACUCCUUCGUUGCCCGGGCGGUGUGUUUGGGAUCAUUGUCAUGCUGAAAGACCCAGCCACGUUUCAUCUUCAAUGCCUUUGCUGAUGGAAGGAGCUUUUCACUCAAAAUCUCACGAUACAUGGCCCCAUUCAUUCUUUCCUUUACACGGAUCAGUCGUCCUGGUCCCUUUGCAGAAAAACAGCCCCAAAGCAUGAUGUUUCCACCCCCAUGCUUCACAGUAGGUAUGGUGUUCUUUGGAUGCAACUCAGCAUUCUUUGUCCUCCAAACACGACGAGUUGAGUUUUUACCAAAAAGUUCUAUUUUGGUUUCAUCAGACCAUAUGACAUUCUCCCAAUCCUCUUCUGGAUCAUCCAAAUGCACUCUAGCAAACUUCAGACGGGCCUGGACAUGUACUGGCUUAAGCAGGGGGACACGUCUGGCACUGCAGGAUUUGAGUCCCUGGCGGCGUAGUGUGUUACUGAUGGUAGGCUUUGUUACUUUGGUCCCAGCUCUCUGCAGGUCAUUCACUAGGUCCCCCCGUGUGGUUCUGGGAUUUUUUCUCACGGUUCUUGUGAUCAUUUUGACCCCACGGGGUGAGAUCUUGCGUGGAGCCCCAGAUCGAGGGAGAUUAUCAGUGGUCUUGUAUGUCUUCCAUUUCCUAAUAAUUGCUCCCACAGUUCAUUUCUUCAAACCAAGCUGCUUACCUAUUGCAGAUUCAGUCUUCCCAGCCUGGUGCAGGUCUACAAUUUUGUUUCUGGUGUCCUUUGACAGCUCUUUGGUCUUGGCCAUAGUGGAGUUUGGAGUGUGACUGUUUGAGGUUGUGGACACGUGUAUUUUAUACUGAUAACAAGUUCAAACAGGUGCCAUUAAUACAGGUAACGAGUGGAGGACAGAGGAGCCUCUUAAAGAAGAAGUUACAGGUCUGUGAGAGCCAGAAAUCUUGCUUGUUUGUAGGUGACCAAAGACUUAUUUUCCACCAUAAUUUGCAAAUAAAUUCAUAAAAAAUCCUACAAUGUGAUUUUCUGGAUUUUUUUUCCUCAAUUUGUCUGUCAUAGUUGACGUGUACCUAUGAUGGAAAUUACAGGCCUCUCUCAUCUUUUUAAGUGGGUAGGUGGGAGAACUUGCACAAUUGGUGGCUGACUAAAUACUUUUUUCCCCCACUGUAGUUCUAGGCUGAUUCCUCACCGUUCUCAUGAUCAUUGCAACUCUACGAGGUGAGAUCUUGCAUGGAGCCCCAGGCAGAGGGAGAUUGACAGUUCUUUUGUGUUUCUUCCAUUUGUGAAUAAUCGCACCAACUGUUGUCACCUUCUCACCAAGCUGGUUGGCGAUGGUCUUGUAGCCCAUUCCAGCCUUGUGUAGGUCUACAAUCUUGUCCCUGACAUCAUUGGAGAGCUCUUCGGUCUUGGCCAUGGUGGAGAGUUUGGAAUCUGAUUGAUUGAUUGCUUCUGUGGACAGGUGUCUUUUUAUACAGGUAACAAGCUGAGGUUAGGACCACUCCCUUUAAGUGUGCUCCUAAUCUCAGCUCGUUACCUGUAUAAAAGACACCUGGGAGCCAGAAAUCUUUCUGAUUGAGAGGGGGUCAAAUACUUAUUUCCCUCAUUAAAAUGCAAAUCAAUUUAUAACACUUUUGACAUGCAUUUUUCUGGAUUUUGUUUUUGUUAUUCUGUCUCACACUGUUCAAAUAAACCUACCAUUAAAAUUAUAGACUAAUUUCUUUGUCAGUGGGCAAACGUACAAAAUCAGCAGGGGAUCAAAUACUUUUUUCCCUCACUGUAGAUGUUGCGCUGCAUGAGGCAAAUGGUGGUCACACUAGAUACUGACUGGUUUUCUAAUCCACGCCCCUACCUUUAAAAAAAAAACAUAUCUGUGACCAACAGAUGCAUAUCUGUAUUCCCAGUCAUGUGAAAUCCAUAGAUUAAGGCCUAAUUUAUUUAUUUCAAUUGACUGAUCUCCUUAUAUGAACUGUAACUCAGUAAAGUCUUUGAAAUUGUUGGAUGUUGCGUUUUAUAUUUGUUCAGUGAAUAUCCAGAUUAAUCUAGACAGUAACUAUAGCUUGAAGGCUAUAGUCCUAGAUGAAUAGAUGCCAACGGAGCCUUGUAUCCAAAUAUAAGGAUGACAAUGUAUUGACUUAUCUUGGGGAACCAACCAUAUGUUGCUUAAAUCACAAUCAACAGUUUUUUAGCUUACACUUACAGGACAUGAAUGACCUAUGGAGGGGGGUGUGAAGCUGCUAUCAACUCUUUCAAUUAGUUAAACAUGUACAAUUCCUGUGCAAUGCUCUUGCAUACUCAAUGUUGUUCUCCGUUUACCCUAACAGUGCUUCUUCGGGGGGAGGUGUUGGUAGGGGUGCACCUCAGCACUAUCCCAAGACUGUCGGCAACAGGUAGGCCUACCACACAGGCAUGAUUCCCAGAAAUCAUCCUAAGGGAUCCACAAAUAAUAAAUACUGGGAACAGGAGCCAUCUGCCCUGUUUCAGCUAAAAGGCAUUUUUGUAUGUGAACUGGAGGGUUAUGUGUCUGAGUGGAAUUGAUGCUCUUUAGAAUGAUAAACGUCAUCCUCAGUGUGUUUGCUCUCCAGCAUUGUAGUUGUGAUUUGCUGUCACCUGUAUGUAGUACUGGUGGUGUAUGAUCACUUAGUGCCAUAGCUCAACAAAGUCUCCUUUCUGUUACUCCAGCGAGUUCCUGGGGAAAACCCCCGGGCACAGCGCUCCGAAAUGGGUUCCUUCACGAAGCACUAGACGAGAUGCCAACUCCAGCAACGAAAAAGAGCGACACGAUGCAAUCUUCAGGAAAGUGAGAGGGUAAGUGUCAAGAAAUGCAAUUUGGCCGCCUCAGAUGUUUUCAGUGUGUCUGGUUUGGUUUUAUGCUCUGUGUCCUUGCCGCCUGCAUGAGCACAUUAUUCUCUAUCAGAUGUUUACAAGAGCAGACCACUGCAACUUUUAUUUGGCUAACAAGCGACUCUUGUUGCUUUCUCAACCCCUCUUGAUUAUGCAUGUACCCCUGUUCUCUUUCCCCUCUCUUUUUCCCCGCUCCUCCUUUUCCUCUUUAGCAUACUCAACAAGCUCACGCCUGAGAAGUUUGACAAGCUAUGCCUUGAGCUCCUGAAUGUGGGCGUAGAUACAAAACUCGUCCUUAAAGCAAUCAUCUUGCUGGUAAGUAUGCCUCUUAUUUUUUUUCCUGUUAACCGUCUGCUCUUUGCAAAUGUAUUCCAUAAUUUCCUGGCAUCCUCCAUGUAUAACUGAUGCUUUAAUGGCUUUUUAAAAUAUCAUUUUUUCCCCCCUCUCCUCCCUCCCAUCUAGAUUGUAGACAAAGCCCUAGAAGAGCCGAAGUAUAGCUCACUCUAUGCUCAGCUAUGUCUGCGUUUGGCAGAGGACGCACCAAACUUUGAUGGCCCUUCACCCGAGAUCCAAACAUCCCAAAAGCAGAGCACUGUAAGCAUCAAGUUUAGAUACCGUGUUUUUAUUCUCCCUGUAUUUUCUGCACGGUUAUGUCUUUGAAUCUAGUUGUGUGGUAAUCUGUAUAUGCUGUACGAUAGCGUAGAACCAACUCUGGUCUCCUCUUCUUUAUGUCCCAAGUGCCUGUUUAGAAUGUAACUGGUCCUGAUGUUCAAUCUCAAAUGUUGUCCUGAUUUUUGCAGACCUUCAGAAGACUUCUCAUUUCCAAGCUUCAAGAUGAAUUUGAAAACCGCAGCAGAAAUGUCGAAAGUGAGUACUAAUACUCCCCUACACGGCUCCUUUGGGAAAAGGCCCACCACCAGUCCACUCAUGGACUCCCUAUUGUACUUGUACUAACUUGAUGUUUUCCUUCUACUAGUCUAUGACAAACAUGACAACCCUCUUACUACUGAGGAGGAGGAGCAGCGUGCCAUUGCCAAGAUCAAGAUGCUUGGCAACAUUAAAUUCAUCUCGGAACUUGGCAAACUCAACCUUAUCCAUGAAUCUAUCCUUCAUAAGUGCAUCAAAACAGUAUGUUCAACCAUUUCAGUCUAGUUCUUUUGGAUUUAGUUUUGCGUAACUUUUUAUCAUUGUUUGACAACUUCAGAUACAACUUUGUGUCCAGUUGAGUUCUGCUUUGCUUGGCAAUCUUUAUCGUUCACCUUUCUACUGGCACAGGUCCCUGAUGCCACUUGUAUAAAACUGUCAUCCUCCUCUCCCCAGCUUUUGGAAAAGAAGAAGAGAGUCCAGCUCAAGGAUAUGGGGGAGGAUCUGGAGUGCCUCUGUCAGAUAAUGAGAACAGUGGGGCCUAGACUCGACCAUGAAAAAGCUAAGGUACAUUCUCUUGUCCCUAUCAGUCUGUCUGCUGUCAUCCCUACGGCCUGUAUGUCUGUCUCUCUCUCUGUCAUGACACAGCUCUUCAUCUCUCCCCCAGUUUGAAAUGUAUCAGUAUUUUGGCCAAAUGUGCCGGUGUGUGAGAGAAUGUGUCUUAUCUCCUAACACCACUGUCCAUCUCUGCCCUACAGUCUUUAAUGGACCAGUACUUUGGCCGUAUGUUAUCCUUAAUGAACAACAAGGAGUUGCCCGCCAGGAUCCGCUUCCUGCUGCAGGACACGGUGGAGCUGCGAGACAACAACUGGGUUCCCCGCAAAGCUUUCAUCGACAACGGACCAAAGACCAUCAACCAGAUCCGUCAGGAGGCAGUGAAAGUGAGUCAGUGGAGAGAACUGGAAUUAUGGCCUGUUCAUCGCAUCCUCUCUCCUUGCCGCCUCCUCAAAAGGAGGAGAGACCUUGGACCUUCUCAUCCAAUACAGUUGAGGAGGCGAGGAAAGAGAAAUCGAGGAAAGACCAAUUUGAGAAUGAGCCUGUGUAUAUGACCAUCUUAGUCAAAGUAGCAUCUUUGAACCUGUGAUGCCCUACCCGUGGUUUCUCAGGCCAAGCAUUGCUACAGCAACCCUAGGUCUGUUUAUAACUGGAGCUUCCUGACAACCCCACCAGGUCUCUUUUUUAAAAAGCAAGUCACACUUAUUACACACCAGAGAAAAUGUAUUCUGAAUGAUCACAUGCUUCCAUUAGUAGAUGUCUGGAGUUGCUCAGUGUAUCUAAGCGUGAUUGGCGGCAGAGAAUUCGCAUGGCUAUAUAGCUACAGCAUCAAGAACCAACAAAUAGGAUGUAUUUUUAGGACCUUUUUGAGCACUACUCACUGAAGUGUGUUUUUGUCUCCUCCCCAGGAUUUGGGUGUUUUCAUCCCAGCGACCAUGGCUCAGGGAAUGAGGAUGGACUUCUUCCUGGAAGGCCCUUUUAUGCCUAACCGGAUGAAAAUGGAGACUCUCGGGGGAUUGGCUGACAUGUUUGGACAAAUGCCAGGUAGGCAUGGGCAUAGGUUUGUCUAUCUGCUUGUCUAGGUCUCAUCCGUUAACCACUAAUUGUCUGCCAGCAUGUUCGAAGGGAUCAUUUAUCACAUAAUAAGUAGUUAUUUGGGAUGGAACGUGAUUUUGUUGACCAGUGAUUCUACCCAGUCUGACUAAUGUAGUCUACUUCAAACACGUUCUGCGACUUAGAAAAUGUGACAGCCAGAUGUAAAUUCUCACUCCUCCUCUAACCCGUCUCCUCAGGCGGUGGGAUCGGGACGGGCCCAGGGGUCAUUCAGGACAGGUUCUCUCCCACUCUGGGACGUCAUCGCUCCAACCCUCUCUUCAACGUCAACGGACACAGUGGCCACAACACCGCCCCCCAACCACAGUCUCAGUUCGAAAUGGGCGCCAACAAGCCUUUUAUCAAGUCCAACCAGGUAAUCUAGCAGCCUUGAUUAUUAUCAAACUAGCAGUAAAUAACUGGAUCUGAUUUAAUUUGAUUCAAUGCAAUUUUUUUAUUUUUAAGAACAAGUGUUUUGGCAUAAUUUUAAUGGUUUAGUCAAUUUGCAGCGUGUAUACACAACAGAGAUUAUCUGUCCUUUCUUCCUGCUUGUGGAAAGGAAACGUGUUCCCGCUAGUGCCACCUAUUGAUGUUUCUUGUCUCGUCUGUUUUAAAGGUGCAGAAUCAGCAUUUCCAGAACCAGAACCACCAGAGCCAGCAACAGCAGGUCCAGUCCAACAAGGACAUGCCUCCACGUUUCAGCAAGAAGGGACAACUCAACCUAGAAGAGGUACAGUAACCCAACUCAGCACUAGUCUGGCUACUAGUGCUGAGCGAUUAGUGCUUUAUGAGGUCUGUUCGAUUUAUUUAAAAAAUAAUCCGUUUCGAUAAUAAAAAAAUAACAUUAACUGCACUAUGCAUUAUGUGAGUUGAAUGCUGUAACAACACAGAAUAAAACAAUUAAUACAAGUCCCAUGAUGGUAGUGACUGCCCAUGACAGUUUAUCACUUAUUAACCAUCAGUUAUUCACAUUACUUUAAUAAAAUAUUUCAAUUGUGUAUUACAUUUGUUUUAUUUUAUGACUUUAUCAUCUCUAUAGAGCUGCUGCCUAUGUUGUCUGACAAAAUCACUAUUUUAGUAGGUCUUCAAAGUAAAUAAGGCAUACUUUUAUGACUGCUGAAUACCAAUACCUCACGAAGCAACUGCUCUCUGUAUCCCCUCUUGAUCGCGUGUUCUUCUCUUACAUAGCAGGCAUAAAAGAAACACAGACCGAACAAGUAGCUGUGCAAUGGAUUGUGGUCAUUGUGGUUAAUUAUCAUAUUUUCUGUGCUAAGUUAUGUAGAACAUUCGCCUGUUGUAAACUAAAACUCCCUACUACAUCGCACAGUUCGGGCAUGAUCUGAUUUAUCUCUAGAGAAACUGCAGUGCAUCUAGCAUUGAGCUCACACAAAAACAAAACUGAAUGAAAUGGAAUUCAAAUAAUUGAACCGACCUCUGUCAAUUAGUUGUUUUAAAUUAGUUGUUUUGAACACCGAAAAAUAACCGACAUUUCGGUUAAUGGCUCAGCACUAUUUGCCACAUUCCUAGUGAGAAUGAGGAAGAACCAGAGCACAAGUUAAACUCUAUGGGCUGGUUUCCCUUACUGGAUUAAAAAGCAUUCUCAUUGUAGAAUUUCUAUUGAGAGCGUGUAGUCCAGGACUAAAUUUAAUCUGUGUCCAGGAAACCAGCCCUAAACUUCUUAUUGUAAAGGUGUUUUUGGUCUACUCAAAGCAGACUAUAAUCAGGGAUGCAAACUUGUCACUUUUCGGCAAUAUUGGCCGUUUUGAUCUCAAACUAGGUCAUCCCCAUGAAUUGUGUAGAUCCGUUAAACGUUUCAGGGGGGGGGGGAUCCUGACAAGGUAGUCAGAGUGUAUCACCCAUUGAGCUAUAAAAGAGAGGCCCGAACAGAUCUUCUCCCUGUGUGAUCAUUAAAUAGUGUUGUAUGUUUCUCAUAUCAAAAUGAAUGACUGAGCACAGAAUGCAUCCCUACACAAAUAGAAUAUCAGAGUUCAGAGCGUGAUGUCAGAUAUGUCACGUCAGAAUGAGUGCUUCAUCCAAUAUCACGUCUGACAGCUGUGAGCAGCCAGCCGCAUCCUCUAACCAGCCAUUAGCAUACUCAGCUGCUUCUCUUCGUUCUUUCUGCGCAUCUCCCAUCAGUUUUUAAAUGUUAUUUAGCCGUGAUGGUGGGGUUUGUUACAUUUGUUUAAUUAUUGGAGCGGUGCGAGCGAAGUGGCUACGUAUCUUUGAAUUUCGCCUGUAAGAACAGGCAGGCCAGUCUGACCAGGCCGAGUGCCACUGCCAUAGAGGAAAAACGGAGCACAGUGACCGUCAUGCUUGCGCCUUUACAUCACUGAAAACCGCAAGUUUCUAGCCAAAACCACUGGAGCUACCUUCUCCCCUUUCUACCGCGAAUUGGCACACAUUUUAUAUAGUUUUCUAAACCAUGUUGCGUGCUGUUUUUCAGACCACAAGUUUUUGGUUUGAUAACAAACAACCUUGUUUAGUCAUGUUAACUGGCUAGCUAGCAAACAUGGUACCUUGGCUAUGCACAAAUUUGGAUUGCACAUGAAAUACUCCAAGAUGCUUCAAAGGUAGGAUGCAUGUGCCUAAUCAAUGUAAUUCUAAGCUAAACUUGAAUCAAAUCUCUUUCUGGAGUUCCUUAAAUUAUGUAUGGUGCCUAACGUAGAGGGAGUAAAUUAGUGAGCGAGGGAGCAUGUGUAGGCUGAGUGUGUAAAGUUGUCUGAAGAGUAGGCUAAAGAUGGUUUCAUAUAGGCCUAGUAUGUUUUCACCUUACUGCCACAAUGAAAAUGCAGAUUUAUAUUCCUUACUACUACAUUCAUCCUGGACAAUCACAGUUAGGCCUUUUGGAUAUGAGCAAAUCAGCUAUUUUCUGCAGUAGCCUUUCAGGUCUCGACAUUAAAGCUUGUCCUCUUGUCCGGGACAAGUAACAAAUAACUAUCAAACAAUUACUAAGAUCAGAAUUGAAUAAGAGAGGCCAACAUUGGAAUAAAAUUCUAAUAAAUUUUUCAUGUGUAUACGUAAAAACGACUACAUGUCAAAGUGUAGGUGAUAUGCAUGUUGGCUACAGCCUCAUAUCCAAACCGAUGCCGACAUGAGGGAGGCACCAGAAAAUGUAGCCAAACAUUAAGACUUUUAAUUACAUAAAUAUAGGAUAAACGCCAGUCAUGUUUGACAAAUAUAAUGAAGGAUAAUUAACAUGUCUAAAGGCUUGAUUCUGUCGACAUAUUCGAGGCACGGUUCGUUCAGAUCAAAUGGUCACAAGACCGGAGAGUGCGCCGCACAUCACCCACUUUAAAUCUGAGCGGAGGUGGUCAGUAUUUUGAAACUAUUUAAAGGGAAGAUUGCAGAAUUAGGUUGCUGUUAAACAUUCUGAUUGGUUUCAUCCUUCCAACUACAACUCCCGAUACGACAUAUCACUUUUUAUCCAAAUUUGAACAAAGUCAUGUCGGAAAAGUGACGUUUAAGAACACGAGUGAAUACACAGCAGGAGUGUCCACAUAAUCAAUCAAUCAAUCAAUUUUAUUUUAUAUAGCCCUUCGUACAUCAGCUAAUAUCUCGAAGUGCUGUACAGAAACCCAGCCUAAAACCCCAAACAGCUAGUAAUGCAGGUGUAGAAGCACGGUGGCUAGGAAAAACUCCCUAGAAAGGCCAAAACCUAGGAAGAAACCUAGAGAGGAACCAGGCUAAGACAGUGAAGACCCAUUUCAUACUGAGUCCUCAUUGUUGAGAAAUUUAUUUUGGCACUGAAUAAAGCCAAAUUAUCUGACCAUAUCUUGUGAUUUCAUUUUAUUCUGUAUCGGCUAAAAAUAUUUUUAUGACUUAUACAGCGCACAGGCUUCUAGCAUAGCCCCUUUACACCCUUGCUGGCUUACCCCUUCUAGCUAACCACUAGCAGCCUUGAAAGACAUCACUUAUUAGCAGUUAAGCACAUCAGCAUUUCUCAUAUUGUUACACAAAAUCAAGAUAAACCUUUACCGUUAUAGUACACAUUGAACAUCUAUAACCAAACUGGCUAAAACUGUUAUUGUCCGAUGGUAGCUAUAGCUAGCCACAUGCUAACCUGAGUACUAACGUUACUAGCAGCAGUAACAGUAAAUCCAGGUAUAAUGGCUAACACAAACAUUGGCUACCAUGAUAUACUGCAUUUGACCAUCCAUUUCUGGAAAACAUGCCGUGUUGAUGAAGUUGUUGUAGCUUGUUUGCUUGCUAGCUAGCUAGCUAGCUAGCUUAUUCCAUCCCCAAACACAAUGCUAGGUCCGAGUGGGCCAGUUCGUUUUGCAUGUCCCGGUGCACUUAGAUAGCUGGCUGUCUUUAGUUUUUUUAUAAUUACAUUUACAAUUACGUCAUUUAACAGACGCUCUUAUCCAGAGCGACUUACAAAUUGGUGCAUUCACUUUAUGAUAGCCAGUGGGACAACCACUGUAUGGGGGUGGGGGAAGAAGGAUUACUUUUAUACUAUUCCAGGUAUUCCUUAAAGAGGUAGGGUUUCAAGUGUCUCCGGAAGGUGGUCAGUGACUCUGCUGUCCUGGCGUCGUGAGGGAGCUUGUUCCACCAUUGGGGUGCCUAUAAUCUACUAGCAACAUAACAUUACAACUCUUUGGUCACUUUAGUACCUACUUACCCGAUUCGCCUCCAUCACUGAGGUAUAAUAAGAACGCACCAAAGCCACCGGCAUGCUGUUCCUUUCUUGUCGUCAAAGCUGCAAUGUAUUUUUGGUAUAUGAGAAGUUUAUAUACUUUUUUAAAUAAACUUUUUCAUAAAGACAGUUUUUUAUAUGGAAAAUAAUCAAUCUGUUGUUAGAUUUGUGUAAUUUAUAUUGUGCAACCUUUCCUUUUAACCUUGAACCUAAUUGUUUAAAACGUGGACGUUUUAUGUCAUUUUCUGAAGCAUGUCUUACCUUCAAAGUAGCCUAGCCAAAAUACAACCAUAGAAAUGUUGAGGGAAUUAUUUUAUAAACACUUAAUAUGCCAUUGAAACCAGAAUUGUUCUCAUAUUCUACUGGUUUUCAAAUCAAUGUUCCUUUUAUUGUCCAGCAGACAAAGGCAUAAUCAUAGUCAUAUUACAGUAGUAACCCAUGCUAGUUGAUGCAACUUUAGAUCUCCCCUUUCUUAAUUUCUAACAAAUAUUUUCAUCUGUGUCACAUGAAACCGCUCGGUGUGCUGUGCGCUUUUGAGAAGUGUUUUCCUGCUAGUUGCAUUUUGGAACAUUAUCACACAGCCUACAGCCAUGUGCCCAUUGUUGAGUUUAUAAUAUGACAAAAUAAAACGUUUUAAGCAAAAUGGUCAGAUUUGUUCUGCCUUUUCUAUUAUACAGUAAAAAGUGUGAAGUUAAAUUCAAUGUGUUGUAUUUAUUAGAGGUGUGACUAUCAGGAACAGGUUUUUGUGCAGCACACAUGCAGAACGUAUAGAAAACGGGAACAGGCAUCCUUGGGAGGGGUGGCCGGGGCAAACCCUGUGGUAUGACGAUACUACUCAGUAUCGUGAUACUUGACAUUGUUAGUAAAAUGUUUGCGUGUUUCUGUGCUAACAUCUUUUGUCACCUUUUUUUUGGCCCUCACCAGUUUGCAUCCCUGUAUGAUCAUGCCCUGUGACGAUAAAAAUACGUAUUAUUCUGAGGGAAAAAACCUACUGGCAGUCUCAUCUCCUAUUCCCUCCAUCCUGCUCUCCUCUCCUAUGCUACAUCUCUCUACAACUGGUAUCUGGUCUGUUGACUGAUUAUGAGAUAUGAGGGCAUGAUAUUCUGAUCUCUGCUGAUCCCGUGUUGUAGAUCAGCCUGAGACCAGCUCAGUCGUUCCUCCUGAAUAAGAACCAGGUUCCCAAGCUGCAGCCCCAAAUCCCCACCAUGAUCCCCCCCAGCGCCCAGCCCCCCCGCACCAACACCCCUCCAUUGGGACAGGUAAGGGAUCAGCAGAGCACACCCCUCACCUUUCACCUUUUUAACCCCCAGUGUUCAAACCAGGGUUGGGGUCGAUUCCAUUUCAAUUCUUCACUAAAAAGCAAUGGGAACUUCUUGAAAUGGAAUUGACCCCAACCCCGAUUUCCAACUGGGGUUUUGAGGGCUUGCCCUGUUUGUUGUUCCAGUGUAGUUCAUCACCUAGUCUUCCCCCUUCUCCCCCAGUCUCCACAGCUCGGCCUCAAAAGCAACCCCCCUCCCAUUCAUGAGAAACCUCAGAAGACCAGCAAGAAACCACCGCCGGCUAGGGAGGAGCUGCUGAAAAUGACGGUAUUAAGCUUUGUUAUCAUGAUAUACCAUUGGCACGAUACACCGCGCAACACUAAACAACGCUCACCUUUCAUUCCUCCCCCUUUAGGAGACUGUUGUGACGGAGUACCUGAACAGCAAAAACAUUAAUGACGCUGUGAACGGUGUCAGAGAGAUGAAGGCUCCCAAGCACUUCCUGCCGGAGAUGCUGAGUAAGAUCAUUGUGGUGUCGCUGGACCGGUCAGACGAGGAUAAGGAGCACGCCAGCACCCUCAUACAUACGCUACGCACAGAAGGCCUCGUCACCGGGGAGAACUUCAUGCAGGUACACUACCGUUCAAAAGUUUGGGGUCACUUAGAAAUGUCCUUGUUUUCGAAAGAAAAUCAUUUUUUUUGUCCAUUUAAGUGUAGACAUUGUUAAUGUUGUAAAUGGCUAUUGUAGCUGGAAACGGCUGAUUUCCUUAUGGAAUAUCUACAUAGGCGUACAGAGGCCCAUUAUCAGCAACCAUCAGUCCUGUGUUCCAAUGGCACGUUGUGUUUGCUAAUCCAAGUUUAUCAUUUUAAAAGGCUAAUUGAUAAUUAGAAAACCCUUUUGCAAUUAUGAUAGCACAGCUGAAAACUGUUGUGCUGAUUAAAGAAGCAAUAAAACUGGCCUUCUUGAGACUUGAGUUUCUGGAGCAUCAGCAAUUGUGGGUUCGAUUACAGGCUCGAAAUGGCCAGAAACAAAUAACUUUCUUCUGAAACUCGUCAGUCUAUUCUUGUUCUGAGAAAUGAAGGCUAUUCCAUGCGAGAAAUUGCCAAGAAACUGAAGAUCUCGUACAACGCUGUGUCCUACUCCCUUCACAGAACAGCGCAAACUGUCUCUAACCAGAAUAGAAAUAGGAGUGGGAGGCCCCGGUGCACAACUGAGCAAGAGGACAAAUACAUUAGUGUCUAGUUUGAGAAACAGACGCCUCACAGGUCCUCAACUGGCAGCUUCAGUAAAUAGUACCCGCAAAACACCAGUCUCAAUGUCAACAGUGAAGAGGCGACUCCGGGAUGCUGACCUUCUAGGCAAAGUUGCAAAGAAAAAGCCAUAUCUCAGACUGGCCAAUAAAAAGAAAAUAUUAAGAUGGGCAAAAGAACACAGACACUGGACAGAGGAAGUUUGGAAAAAAGUGUUAUGGACAGAUGAAUCGAAGUUUGAGGUGUUCGGAUCACAAAGAAGAACAUUUGUGAGAUGCAGACCAAAUGAAAAGAUGCUGGAGGAGUGCUUGAUGCCAUCUGUCAAGCAUGGUGGAGGCAAUGUGAUGGUCUGGGGGUGCUUUGGUGGUGGUAAAGUGGGAGAUUUGUACAGGGUAAAGGGGAUCUUGAAGAAGGAAGACUAUCACUCCAUUUUGCAACGCCAUGCCAUACCCUAUGGACGGCGCUUGAUUGGAGCCAAUUUCCUCCUACAACAGGACAAUGACCCAAAGCACAGCUCCAAACUAUGCAAUAACUAUUUAGGGAAGAAGCAGUCUGCUGGUAUUCUGUCUAUAAUGGAGUGGCCAGAACAGUCACCGGAUCUCAACCCUAUUAAGCUGUUGUGGGAGCAGCUCGACCGUAUGGUAUGUAAGAAGUGCCAAUCCAACUUGUGGGAGGUGCUUCAGGAAGCAUGGGGUGAAAUCUCUUCAGAUUACCUCAACAAAUUGACAACUAGAAUGCCAAAGGUCUGUAAGGCUGUAAUUGCUGCAAAUGGAGGAUUCUUUGACGAAAGCAAAGUUUGAAUUACACAAUUAUUAUUUCAAUUAAAAAUCAUUAUUUCUAACCUUGUCAAUGACUACAUUUCCUAUUCAUUUUGCUAUAUUUCCAUUUAAUGUAUGUUGUCAUGGAAAACAGACAUUUCUAAGUGACCCCAAACUUUUGAACGGUAGUGUAUGUGUCUCUUCCAUGCAAUGUUUUUGACAUUCAUGUCAAAUACUUUUGAUGCGCUUGAUAUAGCUUUGUUUUCCUCUCACCAAUGUCUUUUGCCUAACGUUAUUUCUCUCUCUUCCUCCAUCCUGGCUUCCAAGGCUUUCCUCAACGUGCUGGACCAGUGCCCUAAGAUCGAGGUGGACGUGCCGCUUGUGAAAUCCUACCUGGCCCAGUUUGCAGCCCGGGCCCUCAUAUCUGAGCUGGUGAGCGUGGCUGAGCUGGCCCACCCUCUGGAGAACGCAACCCACUUCCCCCUCUUCCUGCUCUGCCUGCAGCAGACUGCCAAGCUCAAGGACAAGGAGUGGCUCACUGACCUCUUCCAACAGAGCAAGGUCAACAUGCAAAAGAUGCUACCCGGUAGGUCGAUAACCCUCCCUCCCCACAUUCUCCCUCUUAAGGCGCUUUAGUGACUGAAAAGUAAGAAUUUCACUGCGAUGUUAAAUUUGUCAUGUGAUGACGUCUCGUGAUCAUUAUACUAAAGGCACUUGAUAUCACAGAUGACCAACGAAAAAGACUGCUGAUACUGUUCACAUAUUGUAAUCAUUAGAGACUGCGGCACAUUCAUCUUCCUUGUCAGUGAUGCUAUGGCUAAUCUGACCUGUCUGUCCGUUCUGGUCCUCCAGAGAUUGACCAGAACAAGGACCGCAUGUUGGAGAUCCUGGAGGGUAAGGGCCUGAGCUUCCUGUUCCCCCUGUUGAAGCUAGAAAAGGACCUGCUGCUGCAGAUCAAGGCUGACCCCUCUCCGCAGGCCAUCUACAAGUGGAUCAAAGACAACAUCUCCCCCAAGCUCCACACCGACAAGGGUUUUGUCAACAUCCUCAUGACCAGGUAGGUACUGAACCUCCAGGAUGGAGACUACUUUUGAAUUCCACUUUAUUUAGACUGCUUAUGGUUGAAUAAAAGUAUUCAUUCAAGGCUUGAGACCAAUAUGACAGUGGCAUCUGGACUGUACUUGUCACAAUAUAGAAUCACCCUUUCAGUCUAUUUUUGCACAAUAUUUAAUGGACACCGGGGUGGGGGAAGACACAAAUAAACUAAUGGAAUGUGGAAAAUACACGAAUGAAUGCUUCCAAAAGUGUAUCUAUUUGACCAUGCUCUUACUGUUUCUACCCACACUUCCCCUCUCCUCCCAGUUUCUUGCAGUACAUCUCGGGGGAGCUGUGUUGUGUGGAGGAGGAGGAGGAGGGCAGCAGCAGUGGUGGAGAGGAGCAGGCGGCGGGGCCCUCCAAAGAGCAGCUGGACCAGGAGAAGCAGCUGCUGCUGGCCUUCAAACCCGUCAUGCAGAAGUUCCUACACGACCAGCCCCAGCUGCAGGUCUCAGCCCUGUACGCCCUGCAGGUGCACUGCCACGCCAGCCACUUUCCCAAAGGUAGGUUUACUGCCACUUGCCAGGCUGUCAUUGAAACUAAUCAUUUAGUGUCAACUUGGUGGAAACAUAUUAACUUUUGCUUCAGCUGUCAGUUUGAAGCUAUUUGAUAGAAGAAUAUCCUACUCUCAUGUCCAAAUACUAUCUAGACUUCAUUGCAACUGUAUCUGCUGCUGCAUACUGUGUGUAGUUGUCAUAGUGUUGUGUGUAUUUAUUUCAGGCAUGCUGCUGCGCUACUAUGUCCACUUCUACGACAUGGAGAUCAUUGAAGAAGAAGCCUUCCUUGCAUGGAAAGAAGAUAUUACCCAAGAAUUCCCUGGAAAGGGAAAAGCUUUAUUCCAGGUAAUUUUUUAAAAGAGAAAUCUGUCAAAUUUGACAAACUGAUAGCUUUAUACACUAAAACAUGUGUACCCAGUCCUUUAUUAUUUUGUGAGUAAAUCAUGAAAAGUCUUUAUGCUUGCUACCACAGUAGUUGGAAAGCAUUUUGAAACUGAGUGAAACAGGGAGGUAGCCUACUACCUGAACUUGUCCAAUAACAACACAGAUUUUUGCUUAACAUUCUGCUACACUGCCCAAUUUAACAUGACCCUGUAUAAUACUCUCCCCUGUUAGGUCAACAGUUGCUAACCCUCUAUACCUCUCUCCCCUGUUAGGUCAACCAGUGGCUAACCUGGCUGGAAACAGCUGAGGAAGAGGAGUCAGAAGAAGAGGCCGACUGAGAAACCAACCAA